GUCAAUAUGGCGGACGAAGUCCUUGCGCCUCUCGCAGGAGGACCUCCCUUCUCAAAUAAACCAAACUUUAAGAUGAACGAUGGUGACUGGGUCUGUGAAGACGAGAAAUGUGGUAAUGUCAACUUUGCAAGAAGAAGGAGUUGUAAUCGUUGCGGAAAAGAUAAGUCUAAUACCAAACUUAAAGCUGGUGGAAUAGAAAUUGGUAAAUCUGCAGCUGAAAAAAGCAGAGGUUUAUUCAGUGCUAAUGAUUGGCAGUGUAAAACAUGUGGAAAUGUAAACUGGGCCCGCCGCAAUGAAUGCAACAUGUGCCAUACACCUAAGAUGGGUAAAAUAGAGGAACGUACGGGAUAUGGUGGAGGCUAUAAUGAAAGAAGCAAUGUGGAAUAUGUAGAGAGAGAGGAUUCUGACAGCGAGUAUGAUGAGUUUGGCAGAAGGAAGAAAGGGUAUCGUAAAAGUGGUUCCAUAUCUAAUAUUAUUCCCAAAGUAUUACCAACUGUAACAAAUACUGCAGAAGAAGAAGAGGAGGAGGAAAGUGGAGACGAGGCUGACUUGAGUAAUUACAAGCUAGAUUCAGAGGAAAGUGGAGAUGAUGAAGACUUGUCUAAUUAUAAAUUAGAUUCAGAUUCUGACGAUGAAGAAAAGCUGUCAAAGAAUGAUGUAGCAAGUGAUGAUGAAAAUAAUAAGGAACAUCAAAGAAAGUCUUAUUCAAGAUCCCUAUCUUCGCGAUCUAGAUCACGUUCAUUAUCUACAUCGCGGUCACGGUCACGAUCCUCCUCUCAAACAAGUUCCAGCAGCUCAUCACGGUCUAGGUCAAGAUCUCGUUCUAGUUCAUAUGAUUCCAGAUCCAGCUCACAGAAGAAAAGACGGAGUAACUAUUCCAGUUCCAGAUCCAGAUCAAGAUCAAGAUCCAAGUCACCGUCUGGAAGAAGUUGGAAACGACGAAAACACCACCAUUCAAGUCACUGAUCUGGAACUUGGUCAUCGUCACAGGAUAGGUUUGGGAUGCAGAAGAAAUACAGAACUGACCUAUGGCUACAUGAUUUUCAGGACAUUUUUUUUAUGGGUUUUUAUUUAAAAAAAAAAAAUUAAAUAAUUAUUAUGCAAUGGUCCUACGGAGUACGUUCCGUGCUUGUUCCGUUUAAGGUUUGUUUUUCAUCAUCACGCAGGAUGGCAUUCUCACAAUAAAUCUGUUCUAAAAAAUAUUAGUUAUAGUUGAUCAGGUAUGACAAUCUGUCAUGUAUCGACAGUUUUUAGUCUCAUUGUCGAUACUAUUGAAAUACACUAGCAUCAAAAUCAGGUUCUCGCUCGUAAGCUUUGGGAAUAAAUACUAGGAUAUCUAAUGAUACAAAACAAUAUGAAGGGAAGGAAUUAGUGUAGAUUGAAGAAUUUUUCCAAAAUUUAAAGAAUUGUAUAGAGUAUAAAUUAAAGAAAUAGACUUUCUUUUGUGUACAUUGUUCCUCUCAAUAGGUUAUAUAUUAUUAUACUAAUCAAAUCAAAUCGUUAUUACUACUACAAUUAAUUGAUCAGUCCUACCGGUAGUUAUAUAAAUAUGGUGUAAUUCAGGGAAUUGAAAUGCUGCAGAGAUUACCAUGGUAACUUGUCUGUUGUCUGAUACUAGUUGGUAAUAGUUGCAUGUUGUGUGAAUGAAUUUUGGGAAACUGAAAUUACACUGAUGCAUUAAAGUUGCACAUUGUUGUGCCUUCUGGGGGUGGAGGUUUUCACAUAAAUUUUGUACUUUUUUUUUUUUUUAAUAUUUUCUCCCACAUUUGCUUUAUAAAAACCAAAUGUUGCAUAUAUUGGAAGAGUUAUUAAAAUAUGUCUGGCUUUAAUCAUGCCUAUGCCACUAAUAUAGCAAAUACAAAUUUUUGGCCCCAGGAAGUACUAGAAUGUGUGAUCUCUAUAUGGCGAUCAUGUGUACAUAUCAGUAUCUGAUUUACUGCUGGCUAUAAACUGUCAACUUUUGUUCAAAUCUAAGGCUUUUCUAAAAUUGAAAAAAAGAAUCCACCAGUAAGUAUAGGUUGGAACUCUUCAGCACUAUACAAAUUAGACACUUUUACACCACUGUGCAAAACGGAGACAAUAAUUUUUGGGGAGUUUCAGAUUACUGUGAUCUUGACUUUGACAGUUAAUGCAUGCAAUCUGUUGUGGUUUUCUAAUUAUUUUCAAUUACUGCAUCAAUGUGGUGUACACAAACAAAUCAUCAGCCAACUUCUCAUAGUUGAGUGUUUUUUAAAUUGCAUGACAAAUUAUUUAUUAAAUUGAGACGGACAGGCAAUCUCAAAAUUGAAUGAAUGUGCAACUCGUACAAGAGUUGUCAGGUCGAGCAUUUUGUAUUGAUUUGCAGAUAACGAACAUGACGAAAGACAUACUGUGUCGAAUUCAAUGAGUAUGCACACAAGUUAAACAUUGGUCAUGUAAUAAUGAUAAACUACAAGAAACUAAAACAAUUGAGUUACUUUCUCCAUGUAGUUUUGUAGAUUUCAUUGUUUACAAUAAAGUCACAAGUUUUCUGUGUUGUAUA